CAGGACAAAUAGUAACGACACGUUACGACAGCGACGUUCAGAUCAGACGCCUCCCUUCACUCUGGUUCACCGCGUCAUUGUCAAUCCGCGCGCGCUGCUCCUGUGUACCAUCAGCGUUCUAGCCACCUACCGAACUUCCUAGAUCGCCCCGCGCGCGUGAUUGUGUUUCGUGAACGUUACGGGGGUCCAGCCAGAAUCAGAGCAAAGUUUCAAGACAUGCCGGGCGAAGGCUUCCACCCGUUUGGAGGCAAAGUGAGCAAGCGUUUCAGAGAAUCGUUGGCACCUGAUGAUGCGUAUCUGAGCUACUAUGAUAUACGAUUAACAAAAGAGGAUGUUGACACGCUUAAGAAUGACUGGCUCACAGAUAAUACCAUAGCAUUCUGGGAAGAAUACCUCGAGCACGAAGAGCUGCGCAAAUACCCCUCAUCCCACAUCGUCCUUCUGCGUCCCUCCAUGGCAUUCAUGCUCAUGCAAACACCGGAUCCUCUGUCGCUCAAGGAAGCCCUCCCCAACUUUUCCAAAACUACCCAUAUCUUCCUCCCGAUAAACGACGCGCGCAAUGUCUCUGUCGCAGAAGGCGGUUCACACUGGUCUUUGCUCCUUGUGUCUGUCAUUGAUCGCAUAGCUUUCCACUACGAUUCCUUGUCUCCGUCGAAUUACCACGAGGCGGAGAAGGCUACAUAUCAACUCUCGCGACUACUAGGAAAACCACUAAGGUUCCGGAACCUGGAUGAUAGCCCGCAGCAGGAGAAUAGCAGUGAUUGUGGAGUUUACGUGUGCAUACAAAUGAGGCAUCUGCUGCUCAAGAGGCUGCUGUCUGCGAAUGCGCAGGAGAAGGUCAGCAUGAGCAUGGCGGGCAAGCUGGUGGAUGCGGCGGGAGGCAGGAAGGAGAUGCUGAGGAUCAUCGAGGGGUUUAGGAAGGAGGGCGAGAGGAGGAGAUCACAAGACGAGUCCCGCAGCGCGAGCCCCUUCCCGCGCAAAGGCGAGAAAUCCAGAAGCCCGCCACGAAUUGACGGGCCAUAAAAAGUGGUAGAGAGAACUGCAUUGAGCAAGAGGCGCAAGAGGAGUCUUGUUUUCACGAACCGGUUCGCAUGGGAGCGUUGCAAACAGUUGCAUAGCAUAUAUCUGCAUAGCAGCAAGCGCGGAGAGAGAAAAAAAAAAAAGAAAUCACGAAGCUUACGAUUGAAUUCUAGUUUGUGGCCAUGGUUUUUUGCAAUGUCAACGGCUUUGUUUUAUACCCGGAUUUUGCACGCCCGGAUGAGAGAUGGAGGAGGGGAGGGGGGAGGGGGCGAGGGAACGAGGAGGGGAGCAAGGAAGGGCUGAUUUCUUUCAUUUUCUUUUAUCUUUUUGGGGGGUCUGGCGCCGUACAUACUCAGACAGACCUACCUACCUACCUACCUACCUACCUACCUACCUACCUACCU